UUGUUGCAAAGGGCGUGGGCAUUGUUUUGGGUGUUUGUUUUUUUUUUUACUCUUGUUUCAUCAGCUUCAUGGAUCUACCUGGGGGUAAUGGAUGUAUUCAUCACCUUGCCGCUGUGUGUGAGCAUCGUCACCUGCGAGGAAACGACGAAUUACGGAUGAGGAGAGAUUGUGUCGGCGUUUAUUCACCCUGCCUGAACGUUUGACACUCGAACGCACCCUUUGCGAUAGAUAAUUCCGACCAAAUGAAAUAAAAUAAAUAGACUCUUAUCUAUUUUUUUCUCUAUAGCCUCGACCAGGCUAUUGCCCGCGCUUUCACGAGCUUCAUAUGGCUUUUAUCAGCGGGACAGAUUUAGGUGAAUAGGUGUGAUAAUCACAGCCGGCUCCAGUCAGAUAUGGCAGUAAGCACAUCAGAGCCGCUCUGUCAGCCGUGCGAUUACCAUGAAGCGUUCAAAGUGGAGCUACAGGUGAAGAGAUCUCUGAUGCCUGUUCAGCUGGGUCCAGAGCAGGUGGGCCUGGAGAUGCUGUGUCUCUGUGGGCAACUGGACCUCCUCAUCAGGGCACAGAUGCAGCAGUUCCAGGAGCAGUUAGGACAAGGCUGCAGCCCAGAGGAGUCAGACACUUUCCAGGCUCAAGGAUCAGAGAUUCUUGACCAGAUGCUGCAGUGCCUUGAACAUCUACCAAAGCCUAUGCCACAGCUGGAGGACUACCUGGACAUAGUGGGUCUGUCAGCAAUGUUUCCUCGUGUAGAGGUGUUCCUAAUUCAAGGCAGCCCCGUGGAAAUGUUGGAGAGGCCGCCGAUGGAUGAAUACUUCUUCCACAUUGCCAAACUGAACCAGCUCUUGGUGCUGAGUCAACAGCUAGAGGAAGACAUCAGACACCUUGGAAGUCAUAAAUACAUCGCCCACCAGCUCUCAGUUAUAUAUCAAGUUAUCAGCUCUUUCAGAGGAAUUCAGGUCUUCUCUGAAAUAAAGAAAGAUAUUGAGGCCAACUUCAAACAGAUGAAACAGUCUCUAGUGAUAGACGAAGGCUCCAGGCAUGAACCUCAGCUGGCGGCCCACUACAUCAACUGGAUAUUAGAAAUAACUCAAAGCUUGACAUCGGUGGUGCUGUCUCUACCCGAGGAGCUGACGGAGGACCUUCACCAGGCUGUGACCUUCAUGUCCCAGUUCCUGUCCUGACUCACCCUGACGAACUCCUCUGUUUCUAGGAACCCUGACGUUAUGAUGCACCGGGUUUGUUCAGGAGUCUCCUGCUUCUGAAUGAACUGAUGUUGUUAUGACUGUGAAAAGGUGCUACACAAGUCAAUUCAACUGAUUGGUGGUGGGAUUGGAAAGCCUUCUUCAUUUACAAAUCAUCUAGGUUUUUAUAUUGCCCUCCUCAAUCUGGCCAAUAUUAACCCCUACAGUGAGUCAGUUGUUUAGAAAUGAAUGUAAGUUUGCUGAAUCCCUCCUUGCACUACUGUUAUAAUUUUUUUUAACCUUACAUGAAAUAAUAAAAUUGAAUGCAAUAGGAGGUGUGUUUUGUCUACGCCUGUCAUGGUAAUGUGUACGUCCUCACUUCAGACAAUUUGGUUACACCAGGUAGACGUGGUCAUCUCGAAGAACAGAUCUUUAAGGCAGACAUUUUCACCUGUCAUGGCAAGUAAAGCACAGGUGUAUGGCUGCAACUAAAGAUUAUUUUCAUUACUGAUCAAUCAAUGAAUCAUUCUGCAUAAAAUGUGCCUGCUAUAGUUUCCCAGAUUUUGUAUUCAGAUUUCUUAUUUUAUUCAAUCAACCAUGCAAAACCCAAAAAUAUCCCAUCAGAUGUGACAAA